UUGUCUUGGGUUCAUAUUAUUUUGACUCUAAUUGGGCAUCAACGAUACAAUAUUACGCUAAUGAGUUCUGGAUUUCAGUUAUGGUGCAACUACAAAGAUGAUGUUUCCGAUUAGAAGGAGAGAUUAUUAUGGGGAGGUUCCUCAUUGGAUUUGUAUUGCCUUUUCUUCUCUUGAUAGCUGCUUUGCUAAAUCGGAGUUUGAUAUCUCUGAUUGAUCUGAUAACCUUUCUCCUAAUUCAAUAUGCAGCUCCAGAAAUAGGUUUUCAGUUUCAAUGGCAAUCUCUUUUAUCAUGGUAUACACUUAUCUUUUCAUCGGUAACUAUACUAGCACAUUCCAUAUUUUACAUUGUUUGGAUUGUGAAUGGAGACCAAUGGAGCAUUUCUGAUGCUCAAUGGGCAAAGCUAAUCGGUUUCGAAAGAGAUCAGUCGUCGAGCUUUCCGUCUGUAAUAUAUUUCUUGAUAGUACAAAUACUAGCAGCUUUAGUUGCAUUAUUUGAAAUACGCGAUAGUAGAUUUGGCAUGGAUUCACAGAGAGAUGCAUUUUGGGGUGAUCUAUAUUCCUUUGUAAUGCAGAUAGGUUCCCAUCUCAGGGUUUUAUGCUGCUUAUUGUUGCCUGCUGUACAACUUGUUGUGGGAAUCAGUCAUCCCUCUUGGGCUUCUUUACCAUUUUUUAUUUGCAGUAGUAUUGGACUUAUUGAUUGGUCUUUAACAAGCAACUUUCUUGGCCUUUUCAGGUCUUGGAGGUACCUUUUGUUAUAUGCUGGCUUGAACAUCAUCUUGCUCUAUAUAUACCAACUCCCUGUUGAGUAUUCUGGGAUCUUUGGGUGGCUGGCUAAUUUCAUUGGGCUCUAUAAGAUAUCUACUAAGUCAGAGUGGUCGGAAAUUUGUUCUGGUCUUUCUCUUUUAGUCUUUUAUGUCAUUCUAUCUUGGAUUAGAUGUGAUCUCAUAGAAAUGGAUUUCAUCAUGUCAAUGAGAGCAAGCAACUUGACUAAGCAACUUCUUCCUUCAAAGCAUUCUUUCUUUAUUCGUGAAUCGAGAUCUGGUGUUAGGCACUCUAAUAUUUUGCUGAGAGGACCAAUUUUACGGACUUUUGGUAUUAAUUAUUUUACUUAUGGUUUUCCGAUUUCCUUGCUUGCUCUUUCCUUAUGGAGUUUCCACUUUGCAAGUCUCUAUGCAUUCGGACUUCUUGCAUAUGUUGGCUAUAUUCUGUAUAUCUUCCCCUCGAUGUAUCACUUGCAUCGCUUGAAUGGGUUGCUUCUUGUUUUGAUUCUCUUGUGGGCUGUUAGCACAUACAUAUUCAACAUAGCUUUCACGGCCCUUAAUAAGGAGAAAUGGGAGGACAUGGAGAUUUGGGAAACUAUCGGUCUAUGGCACUACCCUAUUCCUGGAUUUUAUCUAUUGGCACAAUUUAGCCUUGGGGUUCUUGUUGCAUUGAGUAAUCUUGUGAACAAUUCCGUUUUCCUAUACUUAUCUGAGAAGGAUGGACCUUCUUCGAGUGAUGAUUCCACUUUAGAUGACACUGAAGAAACUAAAGUAUUAAUUGUAGCUACAAUAGUAUAUGGACUGCGCAAAAGUUCUCGAGCUAUGGCGCUUUUGCUAUUAUUCCUUAUUGCAUUGAACCCUGGCCUCAUCCCUGCCUUAUACAUGGCGUUUUUCUUGAUAUUUCUAUUAAGCCAACAUGUAGGUACGAAAAUACGGCAUUGCCUAAUUCUUUUAUGUGAGGCACAUUUCACACUGUUAUAUCUUCUUCAGCUUAAUCUAAUAUCUUCCACCUUGGAGAAGAAAGGCUCAAUUGCAGAGAAAAUUCUUUCGCAAUUAGGUUCCUUUAAACAUGUUAAUUCUGGAGACUUCCUGAAGAUCGCUGUGCUUGCUUGCUGUUCUGCCAUUCAUAAUCACGGUUUUGAAAUGUUGCUUUCAUUUUCAGCGAUAGUUCAACACACUCCUUGCCCUCCGAUAGGAUUUAGCAUCUUGAGAGCUGGUUUGCUCAAAUCUGUCAUUUUGACGGUUUAUACCUCAAGAUCAAGAAAGACCCCGACAAUAAACUUUUCUCAUGAGAGAAAGAUAGGAUUGUAUCUGAAUGCUAUUGGUCAGAAGUUUCUUUUGAUAUAUCGACCAUGUGGAGCUUAUAUUGUCUUUCUCACGAUCCUUCUUACAGUUUACGUAGUAAUACCUAACUAUUCUUCAUUUGGUUACCUAUUCUUCCUUCUAAUGUGGAUCACCGAAAGACAACUCGUAGGGAAGACGGUAAAGCGCCUUUGGCUACCCCUGAAAGUUUAUGCCAUUGCAGUGUUUGUGUUCAUUUAUGGGUUAAGUGCGUUCUCUUGGCUUCAGGAAUGGUUGUCAGGGUUGGUUAAGCUUUCUUCAGCCUUUGGUUAUAACCCAGAAGCUUCAAUGUUGAAUAACAUUUGCGAGUCCUUAGCUGUAUUAAUUGUGAUGCAGCUACAUAGUUAUGAGAGGAGGCAAAGCGAAAACUUUGCGCCAAGGGAUGACAUGCCAAAAACUGAUAGUUUUAGUUUUCUCAAGCGCUUUCUAAUUUGGCAUAGUGAAAAGAUACUAUAUCUUGCUGUAUUUUAUGCAUCUUUGUCUCCGAUUAGUGCAUUAGGGUUUUCCUAUCUUUUCGGAUUAGUCAUUUGUAUGGUUUUGUCAAAAAACUCUCAGAUCCCUUCGAAACUCCUUCUAGUUUAUACUGCAUUGCUUGUGAUGAUUGAGUAUCCUUUUCAGAUGUGGGGUUACCAGGCUGAGAUGUUCCCUGGUCAAAAACACUAUUCAGUUUCAUUUUUCCUCGGCUUGCAGGUGUAUGAACCUGGUUUCUUCGGUGUAGAAUCUGGCUUGAGAGGAAAAGUGCUGGUUAUUAUUGCGUGUAUUCUGCAGCACAAUGUCUCUCAAUGGUUUGAAAAGAUGCCUUGCAACUUUAUAAAUGAAGGAUGGUUGCAGGACUCUUGUGAUUUGUUUAUUGCAACCGAAAUAGCCUCAAAUGAAGCCACCGUUUUUACCAGAGGAAAAUUUUUAGAUGUCAAUCUGCUAUUAAGCAAAAUGAAAAAUACCAGAAGCUAUUCAUGUCCAUCUCUUAAGACUAGCUUUUCUCGAGGUAUGGAUCCUGUAGGAGGCAUUGAAGGAAGAAACUAUACAAACAGGCGCUCACAGGAAAGUUCCUACAAUAACCUUAGAUGGAAGAGAAAGCAAAUUCAUGUGUUGAAAAAGGAGAGGUUGGCAAUGCAAAAGGCUAGUCUGAAAGUUUAUAUCAAGUUCUGGGUAGAGAAUAUGUUUAAUCUCUUUGGCCUCGAGAUUAACAUGAUUGCUUUGCUUCUUGCCAGCUUUUCCGUGCUGAAUGCUAUAUCUUUGCUUUACAUUGCAUCUCUUGCUGCUUGCAUUCUUUUGCCCCGGGACAUCAUAAGUAAACUGUGGCUAUUAUUCGUUUUCUUGUUUGCCUCUGUUAUCACCCUCGAGUAUAUGGCUUUUUUUCUGAAUCUUACUUCUUGGAUGCAUCUUUACCCGACUAAGGCUGAAGUGCUUUGCGACGACUGUUGGAGAAGUUCCCAUAUCCAUUUUGACUAUUGCCAGAAGUGUUGGCUAGGUCUCGCAGUAGAUCAUCCCAGAAUGCUUAUCAGUUAUUAUGCGGUAUUCAUGUUUUCUUGUCUUAAACUUCAUGCGGAUCGCUUGUCAAGUCUCUCGGGGUUUCAGACAUAUAAACAAAUGAUGUUUCACUCAAAAGAAGUAUCGGGUCUGAGUGAUCUCUCAUUUGAAACAAAAGUCUUGUGGACAUUUCUUGACUACCUGAGGCUUUACAGUUAUUGUCACUUACUGGAUCUUGUGCUUGCUUUGAUUUUGAUCACUGGAACACUAGAGUAUGAUAUUCUUCACCUUGGAUACCUUGGAUUUGCGCUAGUUUUCUUCCGGAUUAGACUUCAAAUACUAAAGAAGAAGAAUAGUAUCUUCAAAUUCUUGCGGAUUUACAAUUUUGCUCUUAUUGUCCUUAGCCUUGCAUACCAGUCUCCUUUUCUAGGCGGUUUUUGUGAGGGGGAAUGCGAAAUAGAUCAGAUCAACAAAGUGAUCGGGUUGCACAAAUACGGAUUUCAAGUUACAUCCAGAUUUGCCCUUGUUGAGGUUAUAAUAUUCAUUCUGAUUUCACUUCAGUCAUACAUGUUUUCAUCCUUGGAGUUUGACUAUGUAUCGAAAUAUAUUGAAGCAGAAAAGAUUGGUGCUUUAGUUCGUGAGCAGGAGAAGAAGGCUGCUUGGAAGACUGCACAUUUGCAACAGAUACGUAAAUCCGAGGAACAAAAGCGCAUGCGUAAUCUACAAGUUGAAAAAAUCAAAUCAGAGAUGCUCAACUUGCUGAUCCAACUUCAAAGUAUGAGCACCAUUAAUUGUGGUAACACCUUUCCUGAAAGCAAAAUCAAGAGAAACCAGAAUUUUUCAGUAAACUCAAAUCUUUCUCAAACUGCCCCCGAAAAACGAGAUGCCGAUUUGUCAUUUACUUAUGAUAUGAAUGGAUCUCCUAUAAGUGAAAGAACUGGAGUUCUGUCUGUAGAGGACUCCAGACAGCAGUCAAUCGAUUCAAUGUUCGAGAUCAAUGAACUACAAGAUACAGUUAACGAUAACACAUUCCUUAAUUCCCAUACAAGGCCACAGGAAAAAUACGUAGGCAAGAGAAGCCAACUCGCGUCAGCAGUACAACUGAUAGGUGAUGGGGUUUCACAGAUGCAGUCUCUUGGUAGUAUGGCAGUCAUGAAUCUAGUGAACCUCUUGAACAUUGAACACGAAAAGGAGGAUUUAUCUGAUAAUUCUUCAGACGAUGAGGUAUAUUAUGAGGUAGAGAACGAUUUUGGUAUUGAACAUGUUGAAAAAACACAUUCGAUGGUAUCUGAUACUGAUAGGAACAGGUUCAAUGUUUCACGCUGGCAAAUCAGGAUCAUAUUACACCAUAUUUGGGAACAAAUGAGAUCAAAUAACAAUGUUGUUUGUUACUGUUGCUUUAUCCUGAUUUUCCUAUGGAAUUUUAGUUUGCUUUCCAUGGUUUAUCUGGUUGGUCUCUUCUUAUAUGCUCUCUGCGUAAAUACCGGUCCAAGCCACAUGUUCUGGGUUAUUAUGCUAAUUUACACCGAGGUCUGUAUUUUGCUUCAAUACUUAUACCAAAUUAUCAUCCAACAUUUCGGGAUGAUUUUCGAAGCCGGGUUGAUUAGGGAUUUGGGGUUUCCGUCAUUCAAGAACAUGUCAUCUUUUGUGAUCAUCCAUUGGCCUCUAUUUUUAGUGUAUUUGUUUACUCUCUUACAGUAUGCCAUAACUACCAAUGAUGGAGAAUGGACAGCGGCAGCUGAGUUCAGCUUUACUACAGAAAGUCAGUACCAGGACACGGCUGCAUAUGAUUUUGGAUUUAUCAAGAGAAUAAAGAGACUGCUUUUACGUAUAAGGAACACAACAGAAGUGUUGAUUCGAAACCUUUACAGGUAUUGGAUAUCAUUGACACAAGAAUCCGAAACUCCUCCUUACUUUGUGCAACUAUCUAUGGAAGUCAACUCACCAUCUGGGGAUGGCAUUCAACCUGAGACAAUUGAAUCAAAAAUGAACAAGUUGCUGCAGAUUCUGCAUGAUAGAAGAUGCAGAGACAACCUCAAUAUGUAUCCUGCAAGUAGGGUUCGAGUUCAAAGCAUUGAACGAAGUCCGGAAAAUUUUAACGUUGCCCUGGUUGUUUUCGAGGUGUUAUAUGCCUCCCCUUCAGAAGGUUCUUCCGUCAAAGAAUGGCAAAGGUCGUUAACUCCGUCUGCCGAUGUAACCAGUGAGAUUCUAGAAGCUUACCAUGCUGAUAUUUUUAGAGAAAUACAGUUCCCUUACACAAUACUUUCGGUAAUCGGUGGAGGUAAGAAACAGAUAGACCUAUACGCCUAUGUAUUUUGUGCAGAUUUAGUCGUCUUCUUCUUGGUGGCAAUUUUCUACCAAUCAGUCAUAAAAAAUAACAGUGAGUUCCUCGAAGUUUAUCAGCAUGAAGAUCAAUUCCCGAAAGAGUUCGUAUUUAUCUUAAUGGUUAUCUUUUUCUUGAUAGUGCUGGAUCGUAUCAUUUACCUUUGUUCAUUUGCAACUGCCAAAGUUAUAUUCUAUCUUUUCACACUUUUCCUCUUCACGUACUCCGUCACGAACUACGCUUGGCAAAUGGUGCCUUUGGAUAGACAUGCCGGGAAGUUUGCACUUCGUGCUAUCUACCUCACGAAGCUGAUCUCUCUGGCUCUGCAGGCCAUACAAAUCCGAUUCGGGAUUCCACAUGAAAGCAGUCUGUAUAGGCAAUUCCUAACAAGUAGCAUUUCUCAAACAAAUUACUUGGGUUUCCGAAUUUAUCGUGCUCUCCCAUUCCUUUAUGAACUCCGUUGUGUACUUGAUUGGUCUUGCACAACUACAUCUUUAACCAUGUAUGAUUGGUUGAAGUUGGAAGAUAUCUAUGGAAGCUUGUUUCUUGUCAAAUGCGAUGUGGAUCUAAAUAGAGCUAAACACCAACAGGGAAAAAAACAGACAAAACUGACUAAGUUUUGCAGUGGCAUUUGCUUGUUCUUCAUACUGAUUUGUGUCAUAUGGGCCCCGAUGCUGAUGUACAGCAGUGGUAACCCAACAAACAUUGCAAACCCCAUCAGGGAAGCCAGUGUUCAGGUCGAUAUUGAGACGAGUAGCGGAAAGCUUACAUUGUUUGAGACCACUUUGUGUGAAAGGAUCUCAUGGAACAAAGUAAAGCACAAACAUCUCGAUCUCGAUCCGCAAGGCUACUUAGACAAUUACAACGAAGUAGACAUUCAACUGAUAUGUUGCCAAGCUGAUGCAAGCAAAGUAUGGCUUGUUCCUCCGGUCGUCCAAUCCCGAUUUAUUGAAUCUCUUCACCGGAGCAUGGGAAUUAUUUUCUCUUGGCAAUUUAUGAGAAAUAGACCGAAAGGGAAGGAAGUUGUGAAACAUCAGUUACUUGUUGAAGAUGAUGAUCUUCCUACACCUGCAGAAGUAAUGCAAGUUCUUAAUGGAACUGCCAAUAGUUUCAGGAUCUUUAACAUCUAUCCAAAAUAUUUCCGGGUUACCGGUUCUGGUGAUUUGCGGUUUCUCGAACAGUCGGUUGAUAAGGUUAGUGGGGAUCUUAUUCUCAAUCAUGGAAAUCCAGAAUGGUGGUCUUUUAAGGACAUUGAUGUAUCAAGUGGAACCGGAUGCUGUGACUUUGCUGGACCAAUGGCCAUUAUUGUAUCCGAGGAAACACCACAGGGCAUUCUUGGGGAUACACUGAGCAAAUUCAGCAUUUGGGGUCUUUACAUUACUUUUGUGCUGGCUGUUGGCCGUUUCAUCAGACUCCAGUGUUCUGAUCUCAGAAUGAGAAUACAAUUUGAGAACCUUCCUUCUUGUGACAGGUUGCUUGCAAUAUGUGAGGACAUAUAUGCAGCAAGAGCAGAGGGUGAGCUUGAGGUUGAAGAUGUUCUUUACUGGACACUUGUCAGCAUCUAUCGAUCUCCACAUAUGCUGCUCCAGUACACUAAGCCUGACUAA